AUUGCACAUGAAGUAUGCCCACAUCACGUUGGACAUUAUCUCGGCCUUGAUAUACACGAUGCACCAACAGUGUCCCACAAAUCCCCUCUGACGACUGGAGUCGUUUUUACCAUUGAACCAGGACUUUACUUCCCCAGAUCAAAAAAUAUCCCAGUCAAUAAGGAUUUUUCUGACAUUGGAAUUCGACUUGAGGAUGACUACGUUAUCAGCAAGGACGGUGUCGCUUUAAAGUUAAGCGAAACGCUACCCUACAGGCCAGAAGAAAUUGAGAAACUCGUGGGCAAACAAAAACAGAUAUAA